AUGGCAGUCACUGCAUUCCCUUCAACGGAGGAAUCCCCCGAUCUCACCCUUCUCAACGUGGCGCGACUGUUCACCCGAUUAGAACACAACCUCCUCUCUCCCGGCUCGGAGCUCCGCACCCUGCGCAAGUCUGAGCUCCAGCGUCUGCGAGUGGCCAAGAACGUCGACUAUGCCCGCACGCUGCUAUCCCAAUUAGAACGCUCCCUCCCACAAAUAAAACCACUCGACCGACGCCACGAAGCACAGGCAGAAAUCGCACGGGACAGACAGUUGCUAAAGCGGAUGCAAAGUGUCCUCGACGAAGAAGAGUCCCGCGCCGAAGAGGACAACGAUGGCGAGGUCGAUGAGGUCGAUGAUGAAUGGAAGGAGUUAUUCUCGAAACCAAUUACAGGAGAACCACCAGCAUUGCCUGUCACCGAAGAAUCAGCAGCCACUACAGCAUCAACUACAACAUCAACAUCCACAUCCACACCCUCGAGCACAGCUCCAACCAUCCCACCCUCCACCCUCCGCAACCGCAAUCCAACCUCCAACAAACCACAACCAACCCCCUCACCAUCCACCACACAAGCCACCAGCACAAGCACAAACCUUAGCACCUCCCCCUCCCAACCCCCCACCACAACCGAAAAAGAAGCCGCCCUAACCACCUCCCGCCUCGAACAAGAAGACCUAACAACCUCCCUCCUCUCCCUCGCAACCCAAUUAAAAGCCUCCUCGCACUCCUUCCAAGCAACCCUCGAAAACGAAAAGUCCGUGCUGGACCGCGCCGUCUCCGGCAUCGACAAGACGAGUUCCACCAUGGAGGCGGCUGGCCAGCGGAUGGGGAUGUUGAGGCGGAUGACGGAGGGGAAGGGGUGGUGGGGGCGGAUGAUGCUUUAUGGGUGGAUUUUUGGGUUGUGGGUUGUUGCGGUUUUGAUUGUGUAUGUUGGGCCGAAGUUGAGGUUUUGA